CAAAGUAUAUAUUCCAGCUGAGCUGAUGACCUUAAAGAACAGUCUCUGCAUUCGAUCCUGGAAAGAUGCCCUGCUGUUGUCAGUGCUUAGGGGAAAGUGGGACGAGAAGGACGUCCUAACUGAAACCAUCUCUGUGGUUCGGCUGAGAACUGAACUGCUUCAGCGUCAGGGAAGGUAUACACAGUUAUGUCGAUAUCUGCAAGUCGUCCACACUGAUGACCCCACACUCCUUGAGCCGAUCAAAGACCUCAUUCCUUUCUUCUUGUGCAAGUUGGGACAAUUUUCAUCAGCUUUGACCAACCUCUUCCCUAAAACCGAAGUCCCCAACUCCCACCUCACUCCGACCACUUUUCUCCUUUAUCUCCGGAUAUUUGAGACAGCAUCGGCCCCAGACUUGGUAGUCAUUAAGCCAGAGCACCUCUGCUAUCCUGAUGCAUCCUGGGCACCAAUCAAAGAUGCUGUGCCACUGACAAUGAGGAAACUGAUCGAAUUUGGCCUCCAAGCCCAGAGAUCCUCUGAGUCAGUCUACUCGGAUUCUCUGUGUUGGACCAGUUUACUGAAAGUCAUCUGCGCACCCGGUGGCACACCAACUGCUUUACCAGCACCCACAAAGAGGUUUUUGAAUAAAAAGCGAGCUCAGGUUUCAGCUGUGCUCAGUGAGAUGUGUUCCGGAAUACAAACUCGUCAGUCCUUUUUUGGAGGAUACCCAAGUCAGGCCUUGUUGCUGUUGGUAAUAGCAGCUUUAGCCACCCGAAUUCAGCAGAGUUCUUUUGGUCCAUCCAUGCCUAUAGUAAAUACUUUGAAGGAAAACAUGUGGGCCUUUCAGUGGCUGUGUGACAGUUUGGAUGACGAGCAUUUCAACUCAUUCAUUUUGGACAUGGAGACGUCGAUUGCAUUGAGAGCAUCAGAGCAACGAUUGCUCUCUAAUUUCAGUCCCUGAGAUGUCAUCUGUGACCUUCCUGUCAUCUGUAACAGGAAGGUCAUCCCCAUAUUCAGCAUCAUGACUGGAAAGCUGACCAACCGAUGCAUUUUACAUUUGAACCACCACGGUCAGUAGGGAUGUGUAUCGUGUGACAUGUUGGAAAAACACCCCUCAUGUUUACUGAACCGAACAUUGGAGACCACACUAAAGAGUUAUUUGCACUAAAACCACUGUUUUGCAGUUUUUUUCUUUAUUUAUUUCCCUGUAUAUAAUAAAAUGAUUUUUUUUGUUUGUUUUUGGGAAACCUGGGGAACUGUACAAAAACACUGUUUUAAGACUAUGAUCUUUGAAUGUUUUGCUUUAUGAUGUUAACAAAUCACAAACACAAUUUCUAAUUUUUCCCACAA